UUCUCGCUGGUAUUUACGUCCUCCAAUAGAUAUGGUUUUGGUCACGUGAGACGAUUACGAAGAUGGUGGAAGUUUCUUUCUUGAAGUGAAACCGCAAAAUAACCCAAAACAGAUAGGGAUAUUGGGGAAAGUUGCCUGGAACGUCACGUCUUGAACUUCUUCUGCCCUUGGAUUCGGAAACGCAGUCAUUGGCUGAUGGUGAAUCUUUCUUCCUUGUCUCAACUGAUGAGCUCCUGACUUGUUGUGAGUCAUUUAGCUGGCUUGCAAAGCAGUCCAUCACUGUAGCCAGCCCUAUGUCAUGGCCUCCAGCAUUGCUAAACCAGGCCCUGGGAAUGGCUACCCCAUGAAGGCACAACUGCAAAUUAUGGUGCUGUCAGCAAAACUGAAAGAAAACAGGAAGAAUUGGUUUGGCCCCAGUCCAUAUGUUGAAGUGGCCGUUGAUGGACAGUCCAAAAAGACAGAGAAAUGCAACAACACCCACAGUCCCAAAUGGAAGCAGCCGCUCACAGUAAUUGUCACUCCUUUUAGCAAGCUAAUCUUCCGAGUAUGGAGUCACCAGACCUUGAAGUCGGACAUAUUGUUAGGCAUGGCAACUCUGGAGGUCAGCGAAACACUCAAAGCCAACGACAUGAAAAUCUCUGAGGUGGUGCAGACGCUGCAGCUGAGUGCAGACAGAGACCAGACUGAUGUCGUGGGGGACCUGUCUGUCUGUCUGGAUGGCAUGCAAGUGGACCCAGAGAUGUUUGCCUCUGCUGCCGAGGCUAACACCCAAAGUACAUCGAAUGGAGAAUCGCAACAGAACGGGGAUGAUGUGAAGCGGAGUAGAGACAGCUCUCCUUCAGUGGAUGGUUUGGAGCACAGAGCUUCCCCAAAUGGUUGUGCGGUCACAGUGAAUGGCACAGGGUCUUGCAAAGGGUCUCCCGCUCUGUCAGCAGGGGGCUCCAGGGGUAAUCCUCUACGCCCCCCCAGGCCCUCCCGACCCCCUCCACCCACCCCGCGCAGACCAACCUCCUCUCCAGCAGCAUCCUCUAAUGGAUCCAUUCCAACUGAAGAAAGCGAUGGCCCCAGCUCAGAGACCCCAGUCAGUACAACUGCACCUGCAGUACCAGACCCCAACGCUCCACCCCCUACACACGACCAGAGCCAAGCAAUAGCAGCCAGCCAAGCAGACAGUGUAACCCCAGGCCCCCCCAGAGCCCCCGCUGUCGCCGCAGGCCCAUUGCCACCUGGAUGGGAGCAGAGGGUGGAUCAGAACGGAAGGCUGUAUUUCGUAGAUCAUGUGGAAAAGAGAACGGCAUGGGAGCGGCCUGAGCCUCUACCUUCUGGGUGGGAGCGGCGAGUGGACCCCAUGGGCAGGGUCUACUUUGUAGACCACAUCACCAGAACUACCACAUGGCAACGGCCCACUAUGGAGACGGUGCGGAACUAUGAACAGUGGCAGCACCAACGCAACCAGCUACAGGGUGCCAUGCAGCAGUUCAACCAGCGCUUCAUAUUUGGAGUGAAUGGGCUCCAGGACCAGGUUCCAGCCACUGAGAAUAAGCAGUUUGAUCCCCUGGGCCCGCUUCCACAUGGAUGGGAGAAAAGAACUGACAGCAACGGGAGAGUGUACUUUGUUCAACACACCACACGGACUACACAGUGGGAGGACCCUCGCACUCAGGGGCUGCUGAAUGAGAAGCCUCUUCCAGAGGGCUGGGAGAUGAGGUUUACAGUCGACGGCAUCCCAUACUUUGUGGACCACAACAGGAGAGCCACUACGUACAUCGACCCUCGCACUGGAAAAUCCUCACUUGAAAAUGGGCCCCAGAUAACUUACGUUCGAGACUUUAAAGCCAAAGUCCAGUAUUUCAGAUUCUGGUGCCAGCAAUUGUCAAUGCCUCAGCACAUCAAGAUCACUGUCACCCGCAAAACCCUGUUUGAGGACUCGUUCCAACAAAUAAUGAGCUUCAAUGCACAGGACCUCCGCAGGAGACUAUGGAUCAUAUUCCCUGGGGAAGAAGGUCUUGAUUAUGGAGGGGUGGCAAGGGAGUGGUUCUUCCUGCUGUCUCACGAGGUGCUGAACCCCAUGUAUUGCCUGUUUGAGUAUGCUGGGAAGGACAACUACUGCUUACAGAUCAACCCUGCCUCCAACAUCAACCCUGAUCACCUCAAGUACUUCAAAUUCAUCGGACGCUUCAUCGCCAUGGCUCUUUUCCAUGGGAAGUUCAUUGACACAGGCUUUUCGCUACCGUUCUACAAGCGCAUGCUGAACAAGCCAUGGGCACUGAAAGAUCUAGAGUCCAUUGACCCAGAAUUCUACAAUUCUCUCAUCUGGAUUAAGGAGAACGACAUUGAGGAGUGUGGCCUGGAGAUGUACUUCUCUGUGGACAAAGAGAUUCUGGGUGAAAUCACCACUCAUGAGCUCAAGCCGGACGGAGGAGAGGUCCUGGUCACUGAGGAGAACAAGGAGGAGUAUAUCAGGCUUGUAGCAGAGUGGAGGUUGUCCAGAGGUGUGGAGGAGCAGACCCAGGCCUUCUUUGAGGGCUUCAACGAGGUCCUCCCACAGCAGUACCUGCAGUACUUUGAUGCCAAAGAACUUGAGGUCAUGCUGUGUGGGAUGCAGGAGAUCGACCUGGCAGACUGGCAGAGGAACACCAUCUACAGACACUAUGCACGCAGCAGCAAGCAGGUCCUCUGGUUCUGGCAGCUCAUCAAAGAGAUGGACAAUGAGAAGCGGAUGAGGCUCCUCCAGUUCGUUACAGGCACCUGCCGCCUUCCUGUCGGAGGCUUUGCUGACCUAUUGGGGAGCAAUGGCCCUCAGAAGUUCUGCAUCGAGAAGGUGGGAAAGGAGAACUGGCUACCCAGAAGUCACACCUGCUUCAAUCGAUUGGAUCUGCCUCCUUACAAAAGCUAUGAGCAGCUGAAGGAGAAAUUGAUGUUUGCGAUUGAAGAGACUGAGGGCUUUGGGCAGGAGUGAUCCAGCAACGGAUCAAUAGAUAGAGAGUGUGGUCUUCAUUUGUCAGGGAGCCUCUUGAAGACCAGCGUGUUUUUGUGUGUGCUUGCCAGUGUUUCCCCUAUAUGCAUUUAGCAGUGGCGCACCGACGCUACCUCCUGCAUUUAAAAAAAAAUUAAAAAUGAUGUGGCUGUAUAGGUGUAAGCCCCAGGAAGACUCCAUUCACCACCACCACCCCCCUGCAAACUCUGCCACCUCUGCUGAAACAAAUCCUAGGGGAAACACUGCGUGCUGUUGAAGGGAGAAAACUUGCUCUGAAAUACUGGAAGAAUAUUUGAGGGUAUCGAUCCACAACAGUAAGCUGCUCCCUUCUCUCAGAAUGUCCCCCACAUCAUGCAUGAACGCUGGAAACCCACCCUCAAUAACAUUAUAUAUGGGACAGGGAUAUCAAAGCAUCGGUCCCAUCAUCUUUUGAUUGACCCACCACUAUUUCUGACAAUCCUAACGCUGACUUUGAGGAAAAUGAAGACCUCUGAUCAGGCAAUGGCCAGAUCCAGAAGUUGCACUGCACAUGCUUCAAAAUAGAACAGUCCUUCUGUUCAAAGCUCCUUAGCAUUUAUCUGUGAAUCAAUAAAAUAUUGCAAGGGACAAUAUUGGCCCCUAUAUUUAUGGUACAAGAGUACAUGGAUCUACUAUGGCCCUAGUUUUAUAGGGCAUUGUGACAUGAUCAAAUGAUUAUUUUAUUUUUAAGUAUUCUGGGGAAUGAGAAGUGUGAAAUGUUUGUCUUCGGUGAUAUGAGAUUUAACCACAUUGGAGACUAGAUAUACAUGUAGCUUUUAAUAGUCUGGGAGAUUUUUAGCAUACGAAUUUAUCGAUUUUUAUAUUAAUGGGAGAUGUUUUUCUGGCUGUGGCAAAAGCAAUGGAAUACAUCUUUUUUUCCCUGGAAGAUUAUGAAUGGAAAUCCCAGGGAAGUAAAUGUGUAAAUAAAAAGCCAGCUCCUUUUUAUUUUUGUCUCCAGAUGUAUCCUUAUGCAACGUAACUGCUAUCCCUGUAUAUGAAACCAUGUUGUAAAUUGUUAAUAACAAAUGAAUUUCCUUUUAUAAAAAGGGGUUUAUGGUGAAAUGCUGUUUUGAUUUAUGUACAUUUAAGUUUAAGACGGGUUUCCUUUGGAUGUGUCAAAUGAAAACAAUGUCCCAAUCAUGUAGAGUGAAACUGCUUAAAGUCAUGGCUAUCCAUUUUGAAUAGAUGCAGCUUAAUUUAUUCAAUAAACAUCAAGUGCAUGCCUUAA